UGUUAAUCAUUCAUCGUAGCAGCAUUUGAAACUCAUGAAAGGACUGUGUCUCUCUCCAGUCCACUUCCUGAACUGUCACUUGAACGUGAAGGAUCUCAGUUCGGAAUCCUGAAGGUCAGUCAUGGGGAAAAUUGAAGAGGACAACAGGACAGCUUCUCAGACAUCACAAAAGGCCUUGACCCCAUGUCUCAUCAGUGCUGCCUUCUUUGGAGCGCUGGGCUCCUCAUUCCUUUAUGGCUACAACCUCUCUGUGGUCAACGCACCUGCCACUUACAUAAAAGACUUCUACAAUAAGACGUGGGUGGAGCGCUACGAGGAGCCCAUCGGGCCAGAGACGGUCACCCUGCUGUGGUCUCUCACUGUGUCCAUCUUCGCCAUCGGGGGGCUGGUGGGGGCUCUUACGGUCCCCUUCCUCAUCAAAGUCUUUGGAAGGAAGGGCACCUUGCUGCUGAAUAAUGUGAAUGCGAUAGUAGCCGCGCUGCUCAUGGCUUUGGGGGAGACCGCAGGCUCCUUCGAGAUGCUCAUCAUCGGCCGCUUUAUCAUCGGAUUGGACUCUGGUAUUGCCCUGAGUGCCCUCCCCAUGUACCUGGGCGAGAUCUCGCCGCGUCAGAUCCGAGGCUCCAUCGGCCAGUUCAACGCCGUCUUCAUCUGCCUGGGAGUCUUCACCGGACAGGUGCUGGGGCUGCCGGAGAUCUUCGGACAGGUGUCCAGGUGGAGCUUCCUGUUUGCGUUCCUGGCGGCUCCUGCUGUGCUGCAGCUGUGUGUGUUGCCCUUCCUGCCCGAGAGCCCGCGCUUCCUGCUGAUGGAGCGCAGAGACGAGGCCCGCGCCGAGAAAGCCUUCCAGGCCUUUCUGGGUAAGAAGGACGUUUCUAAGGAGAUGGAUGAGGUGCACGCGGAGGGUCGUGCCCAGAACACGGCGGUGGUGGUGUCGCCUGUCGACCUGCUGCGCGACCGCUCCGUCCGCUGGCAGAUCAUCACCGUGGUGGUCACCAUGGCCUGCUACCAGCUGUGUGGCCUCAAUGCGAUCUGGUAUUACACCAAUGGGAUCUUCGCAGAGGCGGGCUUUGGGAAGGACUUGAUUCCUUACAUCACCCUGACGACGGGAGGCAUUGAAACCUUGGCUGCUAUUGUGUCUGGUCUGGUGAUCGAGCGUGUUGGGAGGAAGCCGCUGCUGAUAUUUGGCUUUGCUGCCAUGGCCUUCUUCUUCAGCCUCCUCACCAUCUUCCUCAACCUACAGGGCAGCUACACGUGGAUGUCCUACCUCAGCUUCGUCUCCAUAUUGCUAGUGAUCGCCUCGUUCUGUUCGGGUCCAGGUGGUAUUCCCUUCAUCCUGACUGGGGAGCUAUUUGAGCAGUCAUACCGCUCUGCUGCCUUCAUGAUAGCAGGAACCAUCAACUGGCUGUCCAACUUUGCUGUCGGCCUCCUCUUCCCCUUCAUUCAGGAGGCUCUACAGACCUAUGCCUUCCUGGUCUUUGUGGUGGUCUGUCUGGCGGGAGCCGUCUACCUCUUCUUCAUCCUGCCCGAGACCAAGAACAAGACCUUCGUGGAGAUCAGCCAGAGCUUCGCCAAAAUCAACAAGGUGUCCGAGGACGAGAAGGCCAACCAGGAGAUGGAGGACGUCCUGUCGUUCAAGCCUGGGACCAAACUGGAGACCAACGGAACCGGAGCCGGAACCGGAACCGGAGCCGAAACCCACCCCAACAACGUUGUCGAGAUGGAGAGCUCGUUUUAGUUUGGUGGACACAACAGGUGCCUCUGUCCGAUUUGUUAUUAUGAUACAAAAAUACAUGGCGGAUUGUGUGUGUAUUUAGAGGUGCACUGUGUAAUAUUUUAAGCAGUUUCUUUCCAGAAGACAUGCUGCCCACAGGUGUUACCUUUUUCAUGAAUACUUACUAUGACCAUAAAAUUCUAAGUAUUCAUUUUGAUGACUGAGGAAAUUGCACUUUCCACAUAUGUAUGAAAAGGUGGGUCUUCUCCAUAUCUGCCAUUUUGAAAUUCCAGAAAUAGACCUUUUUGGUUGCAAAACGUACGUCACUUUGGCCAUUCUAGUAAAUAUUAAUAUUAUUUAGUAGAUAUUCAUGAAAAGACCAAGUUUCAAUGAGCAGCAUAGUUGCAAUACCUACUCUGGCCACCAUCCUACACAGUGCACUUUUACAGUAGGCUAAUAGAGAGGCUGAAUGUCGAUGACACACUUUGCAACUUUUUUACAUGCCAACAGAGACCAACAGAACCCCGCACAACAACUUGAUUGAGAUGGAGAGCUAGUUUUAGUUUGGUGGGCACAACAGGUGCCUCUGGGUGAUUUUUAUUAUAAGCAUACAUGGCAGAUUGUGUGUGUAUUUAUAGUGAGGGUGAAUGAUGUACUUAGUGAUGACGUAAUUUCUCAUUUUUUAUAUGCCAAACUGGAGACCAACAGACCAAACAGUUUGUUCUAGUUUUGUGGACAAAUCAUCAGGUGCCUCAGGUGUCCGAUUUUAUUAUGAGCAUACUGUACAUGGUGGAUUGUGUAUGUUUUCUAUAGUGAGGCUGUAUAAGUAAUUUGUAUUUUUUUUAUUACAUACAAUGUCAUUCCAUUUUGCACAAAACUGCUAACUUUUUUAUCUAGAUUUGUAUAUACAGUUUGUAUGUUUUUUAAAAAUUGUUUAAUUUUCUCUGUUUCUGUUCAUGUG